AUGGCCAGUGAACUGCAGAGAGGCUCAAGUCAGGUGUAUGACUAUAUAGAAGGUAAUGGUUACCUUGGUGACCACCCAUCGCUGAGGUCACGGCGGGCUUCGUCUGGAGUUUCCAAUCAGAAUUACCCUCAGUUUAACUGGGGCUCGACGCCUGCGGAGGGGGAUGAAGAGGGUAGUGGGCUGCCCCAGGACCUCAGGAGCACUCCUCUGCCCAUGAGCCUGAAAAGAGCUGUGCGCCAGGUGCAGCAAAUGCGGGUGCCUGUGGUUUCCAGCAGGGAGUCCUGGAGACUGAACAAGUCCAAAUCUCUGCGGAAACUCAGAAACGACACCAGAGAGUUUUUCUACGUUUUCGCUCUGUGGAGGAAGUCUUUGCAAAAGAUUGGAGGGAACUUUGGAGGUGGCGUCCAGUCCUACUUCCUGUUCCUACGGUUCUUGGUGGUGCUCAAUUUUGUUUCCUUUCUACUGAUUGCUGGAUUUGUCCUCAUCCCCAGCAUUGUCUUCAGAUCUGUUGCCCCCAGCCUGGUCAACAUCACUGGUCCAGAGGAAUGCAUGGAGUAUGACCCCAAUCCUCGGCGCUUGGUGCCGUUCUACAGUUACUUCCUUGACUUAAUCUCGGGAACGGGUUUUAUGGAGUAUUCAUACCUGUAUUAUGGCUACUACAACAACACACUGGUGGCGGACAGGAACUUCUCCUACAACAUUCCCCUGGCCUACCUCCUCACUGCUGCCUUCUACUUCGCCUUCUGUCUCAUUUGCAUCAUAGCACGCAUGGGAACUGCAGCUCGAGUUGCUGUGGCAACAGGAGGCAGCGCCGUGGGCAACUACAGCAUGAUAGCGUUCACCAGCUGGGACUACGGAUGCCUGGGAGACCAAGCUACCAGACUGAAGCAGAAACGCAUCCUCUACAGGCUACAGGUGGAUCUGGAGGAGGAAAGCUUAAAGAAGAGGACAGCCGCUCUGACUUUGAAGCAAAAAAUCAUUUUUUACUCUCUACGUGUUUUCAUGUGUUUGGUUGCAUUUGGCCUCAUUAUAGGAGCCUUAUACGGCAUCUCUGCAGCCACUGCCUUCAGCCAGGAGAGGAGUGGGGAUGAGGGGAUCCUGGGAUUGUUUUUUGAGUAUCUACCUUCCAUUGUCAUCACCGUCGGAAACUUCCUGGUGCCGCUGCUGUGUGACCAGAUCGCUUUGUUAGAGCGAUAUUCCCCCAGCACCACGAUCAUAGUGGCGCUGUUAAGGGCAGUGUUCCUUCGUCUGGUGAGUCUGGGGGUUCUCCUCUUCACUCUGUGGCGUCAGAUCACCUGCAUGGGGGACUUAAAUAGUUUAGAAUGUGAAGUGUGCCAAUACAACCACGAAGUCUACCCGUGCUGGGAAACACGAGUAGGACAGGAGAUGUACAAGCUGACACUGUUUGACCUCCUCAUCAACAUCGCUGUGCUCGUCCUGGUGGAGUUUCCACGCAGGAUGGUGGUGGACAACUGGUCCUGUAAGCUGGCUCAGUGGGUGGGUCGGCAGGAGUUUGUCGUUUCCUCCAACGUUCUCGGCCUGGUUUAUGCUCAGACUGUGGUUUGGACGGGAGCUUUUUUUUGCCCUCUGCUGCCACUCAUCAACACCGUCAAGUUUGUCAUCCUCUUCUACUGCAAGAGGGCCACACUCCUCUAUAACUGUCGGCCAGCGAUGAGGACGUUUCGCUCCACCACCUCCACCUUCUUCUUCCUGGCGGUGCUCCUCUUUGGCUGGAUCCUGGCCACAGUUGUCAUGGUUUACAGUCUCACUGAGAUUCAUCCAUCUAUGGGUUGCGGUCCUUUCCGUUUCUUCCCUUACAUGUGGUUGAUCGUUCCAACCUCUUUCUACAGCCUCUCUAAAAUUACACAGGACUUUCUCUUCUUCAUUGGUUCCCAGGCAUUCUCCAUCCCUCUGUGUGUGUUAUUCUGUGUGGUGUUGUGUUAUUUCGUAGCCUUAGCCUCUGUAUAUGGGAAUUCUGUGGCACUGCUGAGAGCUCAGAUUAAACUGGAGGGCCGUGACAAGCAGUUCUUGGUCAAGCAGAUUGAGGUGCUGAGUCGGCAACUUCAGAUACCAAAACACAUCGCAGGAGCACAAGACUGACCAUGUUGAGUUUUUAAGACCUUCGUUAUUACCCUAAACACGAAAAAACAUGCUGAGGCAUCUGGAAGGACUGUACACACACCCUAUUUUGUAUAUGUGUAAAGUCAGGGUCCUAUAAUGCUGGCUGCACUAGUAGUAGCAGUUUUGCAGACAAUACUGCAAAGAGAUUAUUAAAUUAAAGAUGCUGUGGUUCUUGACAGAUUUGACACAGAUAUGUUUUCUAGGAAAAUUUGAUAAAUGGACAUUAAAAAUUGUUCUAUCUAAUCUAAGUUAGUGCUAUAUGGUUAAAUUAGAUAAAGCUAUGCAUAAAUGGCAUGCAGAGUUGCAUGUUAGAUAUGAAAAGUUUCACCACAUUUAUCUGUACAUGAAAGAAAUGUUGUGUAUCUUGU